CUUCACUCGCAUAUGCUCGCGGGCGCGAACUGGAAUCACAAACUAGGCUGCAUUCGAGCCUUCAAGGCAUUUUGAGGGCGCAGCCGUCAGGGACUUUAAACACCUAUAAUUUUUCCGUUUGCUGUUCCAUACCCGCUCAACCCCACACUGAAGGAAAGUCCCAAACUGGCCCAGGUAACUCCAAACCCCUGGUGUGAGGAGGAACUAAGGCUAGUGGGGUGUAGGUGGAAAGAAAGAGAAUACAGGAAGACAGAAGGUUGAGCCUGGCAGGUUUCCCGACAACAGCUGAGGGAGAUCCCCGCCGGAGAUCCAGCCCGCUUCCUACCAGGCACCAGGGUGAACAUUUAAAAAAAAGAAUACGGCUGAAAGGAAAGCAAAACUACACACCUGUUAUGCAACAGCUCGCCACACAUUCAUCUGCACUAAGAGAUGAAAACACAAACGCUGAUAUACAUAAAAAAAGAUUCAAAAGAUAGAUUCAAACACGCCAAACAUCGAACAAGUAAACCGAAACCGAUUCCAUGUUCCCGUUCUACAACCACCCAAAACGAAACUUUAAACUUAUACGACGCAUAAAAUGAUACUACAUUCUAAGAACAAAGUAACCUACUAAUAAAUGCUAAAGUUUUCACCUAAACUGCAAAGACCUUCAGCAGCGCGUUUUAUCGUGUCGCAAAUGGGUGGCUUGCGAACGAUUCAGUUAUAGCUGAAAGGGAAAACCCCAGAGUUCACUCACCCACCUACUUCCUAAUUUGAGUGAAUGAGAGAGGGAGACUCUGUGAAUUUAGUUCAGAUUAUAGAGACAGCGAGCAGAACAGCGCAGCGGUUAUCAUCAUGACUGCAGCUCGUGAUAAAUAAUAAUAAUAUUGAUAAUAUUAAUGCACAUGACAUACUGUCAUUGCCCUGAAACGUCAUUAUUCUAGUUGCAUGUGUAACUAUUUGGGAUUUUUUUUUAUCCAGGUCUUUUUUUUAAUUGAUAAUUUUAAUAUAAAACUCUGUGCAUGUGAGAAGAUUAUGAAUUUAAGUGCUUCAGUGAGCUGUGCUAAAACAUCUUGAGCAAAGCAUAUGUAAGUAUGUUGUUUAAUAUAGGCAACCUGAGGUGAUAGUCAUCUUGGGACCGAGUAGAGAUUCAGAUUUACAUGAUGUUGGUACAAGGAUUCGUCUAGAAGCCAUAUAUCGCCUACCUGAGGACAAUGACCAUGAGUGGCAGUAAUCACACUGUGCGGUCUGUGCCACUGGAUCUUACCAACAAACCCAGAGAGCGUGGGAGCUGCGCGCAAACUGGAGACCAGGGUCGCUCCAGACAUACUCCAGAAAGACAGGUGGAACCGGUGCACAAGUGCAGCAAUGGACACGGAGUUCUUCCAUCUGAACCACAGGACACUUGUGAUGGACCAGUUUCACAGACUGCUCAAACAGACACCGUGGGUGUCAGGGGGAACAGGACGGGUGAGGGUCCCAAACAAACCCGACCCAUAUCCCCUAGCGCGAAGUGCAACAAGAACGCUGCAGGAAAACCGUCAGAUUCCUCCUUUUCCAAUCUUCCGCCAAGGAAACGUCCUUUCCCUGUGGAUGUGGAUCAUGACCGCAGUGGUCCAAGAAAACAUCCACCUAGUCCGGCUCCAAAAGUGCUGAAGACCCCCGAGGCUCAAACAGACACAGAGCAACAGCGGAUAUUCAGUGCAUUUGGAGAAAACCCACGCGUUAAUGACCCCCGGUUGGUUCCACACUUAACACCAUAUCCAGAUUGUCCAUAUUUCCUGCCUCGGCAGCCUCCUCCACUGGAAAGCACUGAUCGUCUGAUGGCAGAUAUUGCUGAGGCAACACGUCAGGAUGAGGAUGGUGACACGCCUCUUCACAUUGCUGUGGUCCAGGAGAACUGCCAACUGGUCAUCUGGCUAACUGAUAUAUAUCGACGGGGCCGCAAAGAUCUGGAUGUUUUCAAUAACCUAAGACAGACACCAUUGCACUUGGCUGUAAUCACCCAUCAGCCUAUUUUAGUGAAAGCUCUGCUGGAAGCAGGCGCUGACCCUGGAGCUCUGGACCGUAACGGACAGACGGCGCUGCAUUUGUGCUGCGAGCACGGAGAGGCCGACUGCCUGUCUGUCAUCCUCAGACACUACCCCCAAAACCCCUCGCCCUAUCUGGAGAUCAGGAACUAUGAGGGUCUGACGCCCCUCCACCUGGCUGUGCAGAAUGGUGACAAAAAGUUGGCAAGAAUCUUACUGAAGAGCGGAGCUGAAAUCAACGCUGGGGAUAAUAAGAGCGGUCGAAGUCCACUGGUUCAUGCUGUGGAAAACAACUUUACUGACAUGGUCAUCUUUCUGAUCGAGAGUGGGUGUGAUGUGAACGCACAGUCUUACAGUGGGAACACAGCGCUACACAGCGCCUGUGGCAGAGGUCAUAUCGAGAUUGUCAGGGUCUUGCUGAAAAAUGGAGCUGACAGUAGUGUGAAAAACAAUCACAAUGACACAGCCAUCAUGGUGGCAAACAACAAAAAGGUAUCUGAUGUGCUGCGUGGGAGGGGAACUCGCAGCUGCACUGUGAAAACUAGCAGUAAUGGCUCCCUGUCCCCUGGCAGCUCCAGCCAUUCUCCCCGAAUGACUCCCACUUUUCAGCGCAGUGCGUCGCAUUCUCCUGUGACUCCAGUUUUACCACGCAGUCAGUCAGCAGAGAAUAUUUCAGAACGUCAAUCACCAAUGAACAGCCAUGAAAAAACACUGCAAAUGUUGCCACGGACACACCAUAAUGUAGCAGUGGACAACAGGGCGGGCUAUGGAAUGGGACUCCAUCAUUAUCCAUAUCUGAUACCUGGGUACGAUCAAAUUAAGCCCACUGUCUCUCAUUUCCAGAGAAGGAUGCUAAUCGCAGAAUGCCCUCCUUACUAUCCCACUGCUAUUCAAACACAUCCAUUAUACUCAGAUGCACAGAUCAUCUUAUUCCCCGGUUUCAGUGUGCCGGUCACGUAUGGCUCUCCUUCACAGGGUGCCGGUAACCGAUCACGGCCAUCCAGUCGCAGCAGUGACCAAUCAGACAUGUCUACUGUGAGUGUAAACAGUGAAGAAAGAGGUGUGAGUUGAUAGUUGCUGGAUGUUGAAGCAGCUGGUUAUCUUAAAGGGACAGUUCACCCAAAAAAUAUAAAUUCUGUGGUUAUUUACUCACACUCAUGUUGUUCCAAACCUGUAUGAGUUUCUUUCUGCUGCUGAAUGCAAAAGAUAUUUUGAUGAAUUUUGAUAACCAAACAGUUGCUGGUAGUAUGGAAAAAAUACUAUAGAAGUCAAUGUAUACCAGCAGCUGUUUGGUAUGGAAUGACUUGAGGGUUACUAAAUGAUUCUUUUGGGGCAAAUUAUUUCUUUAAGAGGUUUUGUGUGAAUAUUUGUGGACAACAUACUGACUGACUUAUAUGUAUGUAAGCAUUUUGCAAAUAUGUUGAUUCUGAUGCUAUGAAUUUUUCUAAAUCAAUAAUGUGUGAGUGUAUACUGUAUUAGUGCUACCAAGUGUUUUGUUACGUAUUUGAAAUAAUUAUGGUGAUUUUUUUUUUUACAUGUAUUAUAAAGGGCUGUGAUAUUUAUACUUAAAGAACAAGACAGCAGAAUUUUCUCUUUUUUCCUGUUUUCAUUUGCGAUUUUGUUUUGUUUACCAUUGAAAUUGCAUGUUGCCAGUGUGUUUAUUGGCGUCGUUUUGGUUUUCCCCAUGUUCAGAUUUUCCAGAUUUGAGUUAUUCAAGUUCGUAUGACACACACACAUGCACAAAUCUUUAACUGCAUUCAUGUUAACAAAAAAUGUACUUGUCGAAAAUUGUAUGUCACAUUUUGAGGCUUUUAAAAAGGUAUUAGGGUGCACACAUGACAGCUGAUAUCAACCAAUACAAUGCCUUUAGAGGUCAGGAUACAUUAGGUUUAUCUAAUGAGCAAACAGCCAUUGUCAAUUAUUAUCAAAAAUGCCAUGUACGCAAAAUCCCAAAAUUGUGACCUUGGGCCACUAUGUGCCAAGUCUUUGAAUGGCAGCUGGAAGUCACUAUCUGAUGAAGUUUCUAUCAUAAAUUAUGAGUUCUGACUCACUUGUAGAAUGCUGGUGUGGAAAAAAUGGUAAACUGUAGGAUUAAAACCAUUGCCAGAAUCAUGUGAAACUGUGAUUUAAAGUAUAACCACAUAGGCUUUGGUAUGAAUUUGCCAUAGUUGUACUUAAUGGUGAUGUUUCUGACAGUUAGGUGAAUGUAUGAAUUUUGUUUUACAUAUGAAUGUGUAAAUAUAAGGCAAGCGUAGUAUAUAGUAUAUAGUCUAAUUCACUAUGAAUAAAAAAACAUAUUUUUUUA